AAUAUUUUCCAGGUAGGGCAAUAAACUGACGAAACUACUCGUAGACGAAGAGUUGAGAGAUUCUUCUUUUGAUAUAAACAGUGAAUAUUAACGAUAGCCGCGUUUAGUUCUCGAUUUUACCGUUACCGAAGUUCAUUCAUUAUCGCCUCGGAUACUCGCUUACGUAUAUCCGCGCGCAGUUUUUAGAUCGCAGAUCGCAGAUUGCUGACUCAUCUCGUCAUCUUGACUGCCUACCUGCGCAAUUUGCUGAGUAGGUAAGCGAGCUAGAAAAAUCACUCAAACGCGAUGAUGAAACAGAUUCUUUUGCUGAUAUGCGGAGCGAUAGUGGUUUCAGCUCAAAGAAGAUUAGCAUUACCAGAUCCACGAAGUUGCGCUAGCCGCGUUCGUCACGCUACUUACAGAGAUGCCAGAGGAGUAACGCAUUCGUACUUCUUCAGUUGGGAGCACCAACCUACUCGAUCAUUGGAAGUAGACUGGUUAGAUUCGAGGAACAUUUGUCGAAGACAUUGUAUGGACGCUGUCAGUUUGGAAACUCCGCAAGAAAAUGAAUUCGUUAAACAGAGAUUAACUCGAGGAAACGUACGUUACAUUUGGACGUCCGGACGUAAAUGCAAUUUCCAAGGUUGUGAAAGGCCGGAUUUGACUCCAGCUAAUGUGAACGGAUGGUUCUGGUCGGGAUCGGGUGCUAAAAUCGGACCCACCACUCAAAGAAAUUCUGGCGACUGGAGUCACACCGGUGGUUUUGGUCAAGCUCAACCAGACAACAGAGAAGCUCCUCAGGGUAACGACGAAUCGUGCUUGGCUAUUUUGAAUAACUUCUACCAAGACGGUGUAAAAUGGCACGACGUCGCUUGCCACCAUCUUAAGCCAUUCGUUUGCGAAGACAGCGACGAACUGUUGAACUUCGUUCGUUCCCGCAAUCCAGGAAUCCGUUUGUAAAUCGAUCACCACAUCGCAUCGCGCAGUGCAAUGCAGACCGGGUAAAGAUCACUCGAUUACGGUAUGAUCAAAAAAUCCAAUCGAGCCUCAUCCGUACAUUCGUUAAAAAAAGAUAAGAAAACAACCCCAAAAACAAAUAAGUACUAGGUAAAAAUAUGCGAAAGUACCUACAUGAAAAUCUUACCUACCACCAAAUACUUAUGUAUUUAUUGUACUUUUCGCUCAGUACUUUGUAGUGUACCUUUGUAGUUUAUAUUGUAGUUACUCACUCACAUCAGAGUUCUGCGCUUUAUAGAAAUUUCCAUGCCUAUUGCCUAUAGUACGGCAUGUAGGAUAUCAACCUACCAUCUAUUUAUACUACACUCGUUUUAAGUACAUAAUGUACAUAUUACAUAGUACUAUACUUACAAUCCUUCCUAGUAUCGAUUAUUAAGAAAAUAGCUUACUUAAUUACGUAUUUACUUAAACUACCACCUACCUAAAAGAUAUACCUAGACCUACUUACCUAAUAUGUGUAUUGUGUGUUGCGUAUAUCUACUUGUAAUUUCCUAAGUACCUAUGUGUAUUGUGUAGCUAAGGCCUACCGACCAACACUGCGAACUAUUUCCUCGAACAGUCGAGCGUUUUUCUCUGUUGUAUUUAUUUUAUUUGAAUUAAGGAAUAUUUUUAAUUAUUAGUUAAGCGUGUACUGUUGUUUACUUUCUAUUUUUUUUUUAUUUUUUAUACAUUUUUUUCAACUGUU